GCGCCCUUAUAAACGGAAGUGUGUCUGUCACAUGUACGGUUACACGUGGAAACCCGCCCGAGACGAACGUCAUGUGGACACACGUCAGUAGUUCUAAAACAAUAAGUACUCAGCAAGCCCUACAAUUAACAAACAUUCAGCUGUCUGAAGAAGGACAAUAUAAAUGCAGAGUUACCAACGUUAUGGGACCUACGGGAUGUAGUGCACAAGAGGGAAUUGACGACACAACGUUUGACCUUGAUGUGCAAUAUGCUGCUGAUAUAAAGAAAUUCUAUGCAAAAGGGAUGGAUGCCAAAAAUAGUAUAAUCAUCAACGAAAGCCAGACCGUGACGUUGAUCUGUGAAGUUGAUGGUGACCCUGUCCCAACAGUUUCGAUCAUAAAUAAUACUCGGGGAGGACUACUUGUACUUACAAAAAACCUAAAUAAAACAAUAUCCACCGACAUUGUAAAUGCGAGGUGUGAAUACGAUAGUGGAAUGUAUCAAUGUCGAUCAAAUAACGAGUUUAAUAUGAUACAACAGGCGCAAGAAGUAGAGGUUAAGGUCGCAUGUACACCAAAAGCUUCGCCCUUUUCACCUUCAAUUACAAAUGUAUCAAAGAGCACCAAUGAUUCGGCUACUUUAACAUUAACCAUGGUUGCCUACCCUCUACCUAUUGCUGUUACAUGGCAGAAACAAUAUGAUGAUCAGUGGGUGAAUCUUGAGGAUACAAGUAAUCUGCGAAUUUAUAUUUCUUAUGACAAGUUGCGGACAGAUCUGACUAUUUUGAAACUACAGCCAGAAGAUUUUGGAACGUAUAUGGUCAGAGUUGACAACAGAAUGAGUUAUGCAAAACAAGAAUUUCAUCUUUUUUCAAAAGAGAAGCCAUGCGUUCCUGGGUCAUUAAAAGUCCAAGAUGGUUCAAUAACAGAUAGGUCGUUCACGGUUGCCUGGAAACCAAACUGUGAUGGUGGGUCCGAACAGUGGUUUGUAGUCCGAUACAAACUCAUGCCUGAUGGUCUUUGGCGGUAUGGACGCGUUCCAGAGGGGACCUAUACCUACACACUGAACGGACUAGCACCAGGCAGUUUGUAUGACAUGAGGCUGUUUGCCGAAAACGCGGUUGGUAAAUCGGGAGAAACAGAGAUAAUUAGCGUCACGACCCUCUCAAAAUCUAACGAGAACGACAUCGGAUCUUCACGACUGACAGGAGCUGCGUUAGGUGGCAUUGUAAGUGGGAUUAGCAUUACCAUCAUAAUGAUGUUAUUGUGGAGGUUCAGGAACAAGUUAAAAGUUCCAUCGAGAGGUACUCUGCUUUAUGAUUACUUGACUACAAAAAGGAGAGAAGUCAAUGUUGCAACGAUAACUGAGAACGACGAUUGUGAUGUUGGAAAAUUGGGACAAAUGUAUGAGACUCUUGCAGAAACGUCAUUUCAUGAGGAUGUUUCGUCAGGAAAUAGUACGCAGCAAGAAAACGCUCAAAUCGCAACCGAAGUCUUUCAAGGUUUUGUCAAUCACCAAUAUGCAGCUACAUGUAAUGGUGAAGGCCUUUAUGAGAAUCUGACCUUCAAAUAGGUCAAAGCAACUUACAAACAAAUGUGUUUAAUACAUCAUAACGACAUUUAUCUGCUUAGUGCUUUGAUGGUACACUUGUUUUAAUAACGCGUAUGCCAACAUGGGUAUAGUUUAUUGUAUAGACAUAAUCUAAUCGAAAUCGUGAAUACGUUAAAUAAUCUAGGAAUAGUAAUGUCAAGAAGCGGUGCAUAUAUACAGGCUACAAACUUUAUCGACAAAAGCGCUUAGAAUUUACUUUUUAUUAACUGUAACGAAAUCUUAAAAAUUAAUUGUUAAAAUCAUGUUAAAUCUGUUUGAUCCCAGUGCGUCAACCAUUCUUUAUUACGGCAGCGAGGCGUUUGGAUUUGCUAAGACGGAACAUAUUAAGUCCAUAAAGAAUUCUGCACAC